AAUAGCCUACAAGCGCCUCUAGGUUGGCGAAUUCGCAGAAAAGUCUUUCGUGGAAAACAGGGUACUGCCUUGUGUUUGGAAUGCCUGAGGGUGGCGCUUAAAUAGAGAUUUCUGGCAAACAGUUCCAAGGAGAAAUCCUCAAACAGGUUUAGGGCGCGCUGAGGCUAAGAGCUGACGCAGGCUGAUAUUUGUCCGAACAUUAUGUUUAGACAACUCAAAUGUCUCGAAUAAGUAACCUACGGUAUAAUUCUUAGAAUAUUUUGCAUGGUCUCUUCUUCUCUGGAUACCAUCAUCCCGAUAGCACAUCGAACGGGCAGAACUGAACUGGAAGGUUGCCAAAGAGGAGGAGGCCUUCAUGUCACAACUUCUGGACAGAGCCCAGCAUUAUUUGGCCUAAGACGGAUGUCAUGUUCUGCUGUGGCCUGUUUACUCGGGAUUCUGACAUGGCAACUAUCCAAGUACUUCUCAUUGGUUUUCUUGUCCUUGUUCAUGAUGUGGCAAUGAAGGGGUUUCCCCCGAAUUUGAAAGAGCAGUCUCAAAGGCCUCACUUGACUGGUUGUGUUUCAAGAGAAAUGGAAUCAUUCUACUGCUCUUGGAGUGUUGGAACAUUCCAGAACCUCACAGAGCCUGGAGACCUCAGGCUCUUUUACACAUACAGUAUCUUACAAAACAUGUCUUCCAGAGAAUGGAAGGAAUGCCCUAAAUACACCUUGCUGAGAGAAAAUGAGUGUUACUUUGACAAACGCCACACACAAGUAUGGGUGGCUUACAAAAUCGAACUACGCUCGCGUGAUCAGUCCAUUAUCUAUGAUGAAGACCAGUUCACAGUGGAGACUAUUGUAUAUCCGGACCCACCUGUUGGGUUGAACUGGACCAUUCUGAGUGUGGGCAUGACCAAGAUGUACACUGAUGUACUCAUAAGCUGGGAGCCACCACCAUCAGCAGCAGUGACUGUGGAGGCGGGUUGGUUAUCCCUGGCGUACGAGACUCAGUACCGAGAGCCUGGUUCAGCUACUUGGAACAUACUGGAUGCAGACACAGAGACCAAGAAAUACGUCUAUGGGCUUCGCACAAACACAGAUUAUGAAAUCAGAGUGCGAUGCAAGAUGAAAAGUUCCAAUAACUUCAGUAACUUCAGUGACACCCUAAUGAUCAGUGUACCAGCCACAGAAUCAAGAGUUCCAAUUACUGUAGGGUUCAUCUUUACAGCAGUGGGCUUUGCUGUCAUUGGUAUGCUGGUAGUGGUCUCCCGACAGAAGAAACUCAUGGUGAUUUUCCUGCCUCCUGUCCCUGGCCCCAAAAUCAGAGGCAUUGACUUAGAACUUCUUCAGAAAGGAAAACUGUAUGAGCUCAACUCAAUCCUGACCAGUCAUGCUGUCCUGGGGUCUGACCUUUACAACAACGACCCCUGGGUAGAGUUUAUUGAGGUAGAUUUAGAGAAGCCUGAUGCAAUUGAGCAGGAUCUGGACACAGCAUUCCUCAUCGACCACUCCCCCUCCAACAGCACACAUCUGACCAGUGAUUUCCAUGACGAUGACUCAGGUCGGGCCAGCUGUUGUGAACAAGACCUGCCAGAGCCUGAGUCGGUAGAGUUUACAACCCCUAUGCUGUCGUCAUCCUCGAUUCUUGACCCCACUGCAACUCCCCGAACCGAAACCCAAUCGCAGGUGGCAACAUCUCAAGAUUCAUGGCCUGGCACACCAGAUCUGUAUGCUCAAGUGAAACAAGUAACCCCAUUGGGUGAAGUGGUUUUGACCCCUGAGAAGCAGAGAGGGGAGACCAUCAAUAAACAGGACAAAAUGAAAUGUGAUCUGACCAGGAAAGAUCCAGAUUUCCACUUGCUUGUGCUCGAAGAUGAGAAAGGUAACACCUCUGAGCCAGGCGUCAACAUGAGCAUGAACCAAUCAACUGGAGAUCACAGUCCAUCCUUAUCCCCCACAGGGGAUGUCAACUUUGCACCCCGUCAGCCAUUAAUGGAUUACCAAGAACCACAGGUGGCCUCAGCAGCAGUUCCAGAGUCGUCGGUUCCUCAAUCAUCGGCACUGCCCUCGCCAGAAUACACUGUGGUGGAUGGCACUGAUCCACAGAAUAGCCUCCUACUGAGAUCCAAUGCUCCCUUGGCUCCCAGCUCUUCAAACAUAAAACAGAGGCCCUCGCCAGAAGGGUACAUAUCCUCAGACCUUAUGGACAGUAUGUCUUUUUGAAUGACCACAAAAUAAAAACACUUCAUCAGAACUAAUGAAAUGCAGUGUACAUAAUCCCAAUGCAGUCCAAUGGGAUACUGCUUCAUGUUUUUUGUUUUGUUUUUUUAAAUGUGCCAUAGUGCAUAGGUUUAAUAGUUCAUACUAUUUUGCUGUGUUUUUAUAUUAAGCCUUAGAGAUGUUUGUACCUGAUGAAGGGAAAUGUGACACUGUUAGGCAACAUCAACUAGGUCAUAAUGGUCUAGGACAAGAAUACUGGGCUAGCCAACAAGGCAUCUUAAGAGAGGGACUCAAACUGAUAUGUAAAAUAUACCGAGCUAAUAAAUAAAGCGGUGCAAUACAGGAAUGGUUGAUGGAUCUUAGCUGUUUGCCUAAUUUGGCCAGUUGCUGUAGAUCCUUCUCUGUUUACACAAAGGAAUUAAUUGGUUUGCUAUUUUAAAUCAUGUUUACUAUGUUAAUCAUAUUAAUUGCUCUCAUUUAAUACAAACCGGUCACCUACUAUGUGUAAAUGACCAGCUGGCCAAAGGUAUAGCUCACUAUAAACUGUGAAAAUGCUUGGAUCUAAUUUUAUCAUUUUUAACCUAUGGGUUAUUUCCCAGCAUAACCAUGCCUUGAGCCUACUUCAGCAUUUAUUUCCUGAAGUCCAUGUGAAAGCAGUAGCUAAAUGUGCCUUAUCAGAUAAACUAAUUGUAAAUAAUGUUUAACAUUGAAAUGUUUCUGAAAAGAAUGUAUUUUUGAAAAUGGUUAUCUUGUUUCCAAAUAUGUGGAUGUUUUUAAACAGUUAAUAAAAAUCUAUGAGCAA